AUGUACCCAUUUUCUGUGGCAGCUUUAGCGUCAGAACGACAGCAAGUUGCAGUCAAUAGAGUUCCUCCGAGAAAGAAAGAGCCACCCCCAAUUGAAGUUGCUAGUUUCGUAUUCCCAGACAUCAGAGCUAUAUACAAUGCAGACUUAGAAUCCUUCCCUAAAAUUUCAUAUGAUGAAACAAGUAUUCAUGGCUUUGAAAUAUACCUUGUUGAGCAAUGGGCAGCUGAGAGGAAGUAUGGAACAGUAAUUACCUCCUAUACUGGUAACUCGAAGGAUGUAGUGACUGCUAUAAGAGUUAUAUUGCCAAAGAAUGUUGAGCUUUGGCCUAGACGAAUGCAGAUCUAUUAUCAACAGUUGGUGAAGUUUGCAAGGCCAAAGGUAAUUCAUGACAGUACUCUUUUCACUACAGAUCUUUCAUCAUUUCCAUCCACAGUGAACCUCUUACACGUUGAAUGUGGCGAUAUUAGAAAAAUAUGGAGUAAUUUCAAGACAAACUAUGGUUUAAAAAGACUUCGUUGCGGUGGCAGAUCUGCAUUACUGUUGGAUAAGCCAUCAACCGCAGCAGCAGAUAAAUUCGCCCAGUUGUAUAAAAUACCAGUAAAACAUCAGCAUUCAAAAUUUACUAUUGAUAUGGAUUUUACAGACCAGUAUCAGAAUAACCAGGGAUCUGAGAGCGAUGACAUUAAGCCUGAAACUGAUACCCUCGACUUGCACGAUGUUCCUGUAAUUGAAUUAGUCACAUUGGUUCAAACAUCAUUAAGUUAUUUUGCGUUAUUUCCGUUUAUAAAUGAAAGGGAUGGUUUACUGUGUAACUAUACAAAACAGGGCAUAACAUUGUGGUGGGAAAAAUAUGGAAAGUUUUACUUAGGAAUGGAGAGACCUAAAAAUGAGGCAACCAUGGGCCCAACAACAGUUGCAGGUCUGAUCAGUCUUGUUCUAACAUGCUAUUUCAAGUUAAUGGUUGAAGACAGUAUGCCAGCAAAAGAUCCUUUUGAUGAGGACGAUUUCUAUUCAGGUAUUUAUUCUUUCCAAAAAAAGCACAACUUUUCUAACAGUCAUAAAAUGGUAGUUUUAGAUGAACAGACUUUAAGCAAGCUAUUUGAAGUCUCUUCUAGGGCAUCAAACACUGAUAUUUUCAAAUUUAGAAGAGUUUUGAAGUCCACAGUGCAGGAUUUUACCGGUAAAGGUAAUUUCAUGCAACUAUCUAGUGAAAUCCUGACUACUGAUCUAGAGACGUUAAUCCAGAAUAUCCAUGGUGGUACUUUAGCCUUGUUGUGGAAAAGAAAGGAAAAAUCAAGAAAAGAAAUAAGAAAGAUCAGAAAAAGAGGGUUUACGAAAUUUACAUUUCAUCAAGGAGAUCCAGAAGAUCAAUUAAAGCAACAAAAUAUAUAUUUUAAUGCAAAUUCGUCAAAUUCUAAGAGGCCUAUGAGUCUACUUUCUCAAAAUGUUCUGGAAGACGAAAGCGUGUAUGAUAUCCAAGGGUUGAAAUCGCCUUCAGAAUCACUGAAUCAAUUAGAAGACCCAAUUGUGAGUCUUAGGACAAAUGCAUUCUAUAAAAAGGAGUUUUUCAGAAGAAAAUCUUUCUCUUCAAUAGAAAGUGAUGUACUUCCUUCAAAAAGUUUACAUUCACUCCAUCGUUCUAAUUCUAUGUCCGAAAUAUCAGACAGUAUCGAGAUAUGGAACCUGCCUUUUGAUCCUUCUUUAGUGAGGAUUGUAAGAGAUAUCAUACGUAUUAGAAAUCAACUAGCGAAUAAAAGUAUUCCAUUUUGUUCAGACUUCUCGGGAGAGACUGAAUGUCUAACAGAAUUUAAUGAAAAAACCCUUAGAAUGCAGAAAAAGUAUGUCCAAUGCAUUAGGAGUAAUAAUGACUUAAAAUCUAAGCAUGAGAUGUUACAGACAAAGCAGCAUAUAUUGUCUAAAGAAAUGCAGGAACUAAAAUCAUUAGCCUCUCAAUUUAAGUAUAAUAUUCGUAUCUUGCACACAAGAAUGAGAGACGUGGAAGCAAGUGUUGACGGAUUUGAUAGAAAACUAAACAAUAUAAUGAAGAAUAUUGCAAAGCAGGAUUCAGAUAUGAUAACAAAACUUGAUCCAGUAAAUGACAAAGAAACGUUUGACAAAUACGUGAGAACGUUAUUAAAAUCAGAGAAUACAAAGUACGAAGGAUUUUGGGUUAGAACAUUGGGAAAUCAUAUUUUGGGUAGCAAUUGGAAAGAACAAUUGGGAGAGCUGGGUAGCUGGAUCGUGGAGAGUAUUCAUAGUUAG